UUAAAUUAAAUUGUAUAUGGUGAGAGAAAAGACUUUUUCUCAGUCUUUAAAACGUGUUUACGUUUUUCAAACUGAUUCGAUUUUUGAACGUGAAAAUGAUGAACAGUAUUGUGAUACUUUUGAUGAUAAUUUCAACAAUCUUUGCCUGUGACCAAUUUGCGAACAAAGAGAAGAAAAAUUACGACGAUAUAAUCGGAGCAAAUACAUACAAUAAAGAAUCCUUCGACAGAUUUUAUAAAAUGCUGAAACACUAUUGUUUCCAAAAUCAAACAACUAAGGCCAUAUUUGAAAAAAAUAGGCUAAAUCUCCCAUCGAUAAAAAAUAUUGGGCUUACUUCGAACGAAUUCAAGGAUCUAUGUGCGGCUAUAUACGAUACAAAAAAGGCCAACCAACGUGGCACAGGUGAAAGUGAUGCAGAAAUAGCUUUCAAAACUUUGGUCGAGUCUCUUAGAGCACUUUUUGUAACAUAUAACGGAAGACUGUCUGGAGAAGAGAAUUAUCGUGCGAAACAAGCGUUGAAAACUGAAUUCAUGAAAGAUCCCAUUCACUUCUUAUGCUACUUGACUACACGAAGAAUGGAUAUAGAGGACGAUAUCAAGACAGUUCGAGAAAUAUUUGAAAAUGUAUCGCGCGAAGAAGCAGCUCUGCGUGUUUACUUGCUUGAACCAGACGAUUCUGUUGGCUGUUCAGAUGUUUUAAACGUCUUCCUACCAUUUAUGAAUGGACAAUAAAGUGGCUAUGAUUAAAUAUUGUAUUGACAUGUAAAAAAGCGAUCGUCACUUAAAAAUACAGCUAUAAAUAAACUAAAAA